CUGGUAACCCGAUUCAUGGCUUCUGUAUGCUUAUCAAAGCUACACCUCGGCCCGAUUUCGACGACCUUCGCUCUGCAUUGGCAACGCCGCACCGCUGUCUGCUAACCUCCCAUCGUAAUGACGGUGAAGACCUCGGACUGUCCAAGGAAGCCGAAGGCCAAGAUAUGAUACUAAUCACCGUCGUGAUGGGUAAGACAGAGGACUGCGACUUCCCUGCCAUCGAUACACCAGAAGGCCGAUGGAAAGUGUCAACGGAGCUUGAUGGACUACGGCGACUACAGCAGUCAGCUUUACAAAAUGCAUAUAAAAGUCUCGGGACCAAUGCAUCACUGAUGGCCGUCAUUCAAGCCCUCAUCAUCACAUCCAGAUUUGAUACAUCUUGAUUUCACAAUACACAUCACUUUCAGUUUCCAUCUUCCAAUUCCCUGACCAUGGCACCCAGAGACGUACGCCCUUCAACCCGCUUCCUCAACGGACCCAAUCUUCCCGAGCCGCAGGGUUAUAGCGAUGCGGCUUCAGUCAACGGAGCGAAGCGCACCAUAUACACCUCCGGCCAGCUGGGUCAGCAUAGCGAUGGCUCGUUCCCCAGUGCAUUCGGGGAACAAGCACUACUAGCAGCCAGAAACCUCCUCGACGUGGUCAGAGCAGCUGGCGCCUCAGCCAAGGACAUUGUGAAGCUGACGUUCUAUAUCGUCGACUGGAGCGAGAACAUGCAUGAAGAACUGUUUGCUGCUCUCUCGCUCCUUGUAGUAAGCGAUGGCGGGGCUCCCCUGCAGCCCACCGCGACUCUCGUACCAGUCCCGAGACUUGCUUUUCCAGAAGCCAAGUUCGAGAUUGAAGCAGUGGUGUGUGUCGGAGGCCUCGCACAGCUCUGGACUGCUGAGGAAGACGGCACUAGUCAGCCACCGAAUGCUAAAGAAGUCGAUGUCGUCGUCGUUGGUGGUGGGUUCUCAGGUUGCAUGGCAGCAUACGAUGUCCAUCAGGCUGGUCUCAGCGUCAUGCUCUUGGAAGCCAAGCAUCGCAUCGGCGGCCGGAGUCGCACGCAGAAGCUGACAAGUGGCCCUGGACUUGUGGAAUUGGGUGCGACAUGGAUUAAUAAGGUCACACAACCAACCGUUUAUGAGCUGACGAGGCAUUUUGGACUCGACUGCAAGGACCAAUACCUUCAGGGUGAUGUGAUAUGGGAGCUGCAUGACGGGAGUUUUGUACGGGCCAGUACGAACCUGCCAGAGAUUAGAAACCCAGAGAUGGAGGAGAGACUUCGCAAGCUCGUGGAAACCUUAACCCUGGCCGCAGAGGAGACAGAUAUCCACAACCUUGAAUCGUUUCCCAAAGAGGAAGACAUCAGUGUUUCAGAUUGGUUGACUACGAAAGGUCUAUAUAACGAUGCUUUACUCCAGGGCCUUGCAAGGUUCCUCACCACGGCAUGGGUUGGUCGCGAACCCCACGAGUGUGGGAUCCAUUAUAUCCUGGAUUACGUCAAGUCAGCCGGCGGCUUCGCGAGCAUCAAUACCGAUGGUCCAGGGGGAGCGCAAGCAUUAAAGAUCAAACAAGGAACAUCCGCUAUUGCGACUGCGUUAGCAGGUGCUAUUGAGCCCGGAUCUGUACAGAUCAAUGCUCCGGUUGACAGCAUCACGCAGUACGGGGAUGUCUGCGAAGUAACCACUUCAAACGGAACCAGAUAUCAGGCAAAGAAGGUCAUCCUUGCCAUUCCCACCAACACAUAUACAAACAUUCGAUUCAGUCCUCCACUACCCCAUUCGAAGAGAGCCCUCGUAACGCGUACGAAGCCUGGUAUUUAUGCGAAAAUCAUUGUAACGUAUACGUCGUCGUGGUGGAAAGACGCAGGGCUACAGGGCAAGUUCAUGUCCAUGAAGGGCCCCAUCUGCUUCUCUUGGGAUAUCAGCGACGAUGCGACAAAGCAGUACUCGCUUGCUUUGUUUGUUGCUGGUAAUACCGCCGCAGCUUGGCAUCAAUUGAGCGAGCUGAGUCGUGAGGAGGCGCUCAUCGACCACCUAGUUUCCUUUGUCGGACCUGAACUAGCUGACAAAGCGCGAGACGUCCUCGAGGUGAAUGCUGUCGAAUGGACCAAGGAGCCGUAUCUUGAUGGUGCACCUACUAGUGCUAUGGGACCGGGGAUGUUGAGGACCCAUGGCCGAGCGCUACGCGAGCCAUUCGGAAACCUGCAUUUCGCAGGUGGUGAGACCGCAUACGAGUGGAAGGGCUAUCUAGAAGGUGCUAUCACAGCUGGGAAGCGUGGCGCAGAAGAAGUGGUAAAAUCUCUGCAGGACUGACGUGCACUUUGGGAAGUG